AUGGGACUCGGAGGUGCACCGUCCGACUCGGCGCUCUAUCUCAACUUCCCGCCAUCAGCCUCGGCGGGCAUCCUGCACUCGCGCUCGCUCUCGGGCGUGCAGGUGCACCCCGUCGCGCUCUUCUCGAUUCUUGACCACUUUCUCCGCCGGUCAGACCCCGAGGAGGCUGAAGACGAGGAUGAGGAGCAAACGCCCUCGUCCUCGAAGAGGGUGAUUGGAACACUGCUGGGGACAAGAAGCGAGGGCGAGGUCGAGGUCCGGAGCUGCUUUGCUGUUCCGCAUCACGAGACCAGGGAGCAGGUACAAGUCGACAUGGAGUACCACAGGACGAUGUACGAGCUUCACCAACGCGUCAACCCGGAGGAGGUCAUUGUCGGAUGGUAUGCGACGGGACCCAACCUCAACAUGUACACGUCGCUUAUCCAGGAUUACUACUCGAGGGAGACGGCACCUCACCAGGCCGUCCACCUGACCGUCGAUACGGACGUGCGGGAGGACAUGGGCGUCAGGGCAUACGUCAGCUCUCCCGUCGGCCUCACACCAAAGGCCGAGAAUGCCGUCUUUACCCCCCUUCCCGUUACGCUCCUGGCCGCGCCGUCCGAGAGGCCAUCCCUCUCGCUCCUUGCGGGCUCGUCAUCGGGCGCCACGGGUAGCACCGUCGGCACGGGCCCUGGCGUACUCAUGAACGACAUGGAUGCUUUGGCCGCGUCGCUGCAGACUGUGCAGGCGCAGCUCCGACGGGUCCUCCAGUACGUGCGCGAGGUUCUCGAAGGGAAAAGAAGGGGCGAUCCCGUCGUGGGCCGCUACGUCAUGGACGCCGUCUCCACGGUCCCCAUCGGAAAUGCGGUGGCAGACACAAAGGACGGCGGUGCCAGCCAGCUCGAGACGCUCUUCAACAGCCACCUCCAGGACGUUCUCAUGGUGUCUUACCUCGCGAAUGUCGUUCGCGCUCAGGCAGAGGUCUCGAGCCGGCUUACCCUCCUUACCUAAAUGGGCCUUCCUUUCUCCCUCUGUACGAUUUUCACGUCUUUCUACGAAGGGCAACCACCAAAAUUCUCAUGGGUCAGACACACACACUCUCUGAAGCAAGUAAUGAUGAGGUGGUGAUUAUUACGGAUGGAUGAUUAUUGGAAAGAUAGAGU